AUGUCCGCUAAGGAAGUCAAAUUCGGCCGCACGGCCCGCGAGCGCAUGCUCGAUGGCGUCAACAUUCUCGCCGACGCCGUGAAAGUCACCCUCGGUCCGAAAGGCCGCAACGUCGUGCUCGACAAGUCGUUCGGCGCGCCGCGCAUCACCAAGGACGGCGUCACCGUUGCCAAGGAAAUCGAACUGGAAGACAAGUUCGAGAACAUGGGCGCCCAGAUGGUGCGCGAAGUCGCCUCCAAGACCAACGACAUUGCCGGCGACGGCACCACCACCGCCACCGUUCUGGCCCAGUCGAUCGUCCAGGAAGGCCACAAGGCGGUUGCCGCCGGCAUGAACCCGAUGGACCUCAAGCGCGGCAUCGAUCUGGCCGUCAACGAAGUGGUCGAAAAGCUGCUGUCGAGCGCCACCAAGAUCGCCACCUCCGACGAAGUCGCCCAGGUCGGCACGAUUUCCGCCAAUGGCGAAAAGGAAAUCGGCACGAUGAUCGCCGAGGCCAUGCAGAAGGUCGGCAAUGAAGGCGUCAUCACCGUCGAGGAAGCCAAGACCGCCGAGACCGAACUGGAAGUCGUCGAAGGCAUGCAGUUCGACCGCGGCUACCUGUCGCCCUACUUCGUCACCAACCCCGAAAAGAUGGUCGCCGAUCUCGAGGAUCCCUACAUCCUGAUCCACGAGAAGAAGCUGUCCAACCUGCAGGCCAUGCUGCCGAUCCUUGAAUCGGUCGUGCAGUCGUCGCGUCCGCUGCUGAUCAUCGCCGAGGACGUCGAAGGCGAGGCGCUGGCCACGCUCGUCGUCAACAAGCUGCGUGGCGGCCUCAAGAUCGCCGCCGUCAAGGCACCGGGCUUCGGUGACCGCCGCAAGGCCAUGCUCGAGGACAUCGCCAUCCUGACCGGCGGCCAGGUGAUCUCCGAGGACCUCGGCAUCAAGCUCGAAAACGUCUCGCUCGACAUGCUGGGCACCGCCAAGAAGGUCAACAUCUCCAAGGAAGAGACGACCAUCGUCGACGGUGCCGGCGAGAAGGCCGACAUCGAAGGCCGUGUCGCCCAGAUCAAGCAGCAGAUCGAGGAAACCUCGUCUGACUAUGACCGCGAGAAGCUGCAGGAGCGUCUGGCCAAGCUGGCUGGCGGCGUUGCCGUCAUCCGCGUCGGCGGUUCGACCGAAGUGGAAGUCAAGGAGCGCAAGGACCGCGUCGACGACGCGCUGAACGCAACCCGCGCCGCCGUCGAAGAGGGCAUCGUGCCCGGUGGCGGCACCGCGCUGCUGCGCGCCUCCAAGACGAUCAGCGCCAAGGGCGAGAAUGCCGACCAGGAAGCGGGCAUCAACAUCAUCCGCCGCGCCCUGCAGGCACCGGCUCGCCAGAUUGCCACCAAUGCGGGCGCCGAAGCUUCGAUCAUCGCCGGCAAGAUCCUCGAAAGCGAUGACGACAAGUUCGGCUACAACGCGCAGACCGGCGAGUUCGGCGACAUGGUCGCCAUGGGCAUCGUCGAUCCGGUCAAGGUCGUGCGCACCGCGCUCGAAGACGCCGGUUCGGUUGCGGGCCUGCUGAUCACCACCGAGGCGAUGAUCGCCGAUGCGCCCAAGAAGGAAUCGGGGGCUCCGGCCGGCGGCGGCAUGCCGGACAUGGGCGGCAUGGGCAUGAUGUAA